AUGAAAUUAAUAUUAUUUAUUUUAUUAAUAAUUUCCAUUAAAUCAAUUAUUGGACAAGAUUUAUAUGUCAAUUUUGUCCCAUUUCUAACAGAGAAAUGUAAUGAACAACCAUUUGGUAUUGGAUUUUCAAUUUUAUCAGGUAUCUGUAUAAACAACUUAGGAAGUUAUUUACAAAAUGAUGAAGUAACUCCUUCAUCAUGGUAUUUUAAAAUUACUGAAUAUGAACAAACAACAAUAAUAACUGGUUAUAAUUAUCCUGAAAUUGAUUGUAGUGGAUUUCCAGAGGUUUCAAGAUUUGUUUAUGGAGUUGAGUGUGUUAAUAGUCCUGUAAUUGUUCCAAUUAAUGCAACAUUCUCUGGAGGUUAUAAAUAUAGUUCCUAUUACACUCAUGUCACCUUAUCAAAAGUACCAAUGUUUUCUGAUGACUCUGUAGUUCGUGGUGUUUAUUCAAAUGAUGAAAGCUCUACAGAUGGAAGUGUUGAUUCAUGUACAUUUGAUAAUUUUAUUUAUGGUACUGUAAUAACAAAAAAUUUCCAAAUCAGCUAUCAAUUCCCAUUUGACUAUUCCGAAACAUAUUCAUGUUCUUCAAAUGGUACUUCAUUAUUAAAAACCUGUGUUGGAAAUGAAAAGUGCUAUCAAAAAAAUAUUUCAAUGCAGUGUAAUUCUGAUGAAUCAGAUGGGCAUACCCAAAUUUUUUGUUCUUAA